AUGCCCGCCUGGGGCCCUUCUUCCGCUCCGCGCGGUAACCUCGAUCGCGUGGAGGCUCCAGUCACCCUCCGCGGCUAUCUCCUCUGUGUAUUUGCUGCCUUUGGAGGUAUUCUCUUUGGCUAUGAUUCUGGAUACAUCAAUGGUGUGAUGGGCAUGAAUUACUUCAAGGAGGAGUUUGGCAGUACGUAUUCCCACCUUCAAUCCUUGAUUGUCUCCAUCCUCUCUGCGGGCACCUUCUUCGGAGCCCUUUUCGCUGGCUCUGUCGCUGAUUGGAUUGGCCGCCGCUCGACCAUCAUUGCGGGAUGUGGUAUCUUCUCUGUCGGUGUGGCUCUCCAGGUCGCAUCCACUACCGUUUCCUUGUUGGUACCUGGCCGUCUCAUUGCUGGUAUUGGUGUUGGUUUCGUUUCUGCCAUCAUCAUCCUAUACAUGUCUGAGAUUGCGCCGAAAUCCAUUCGUGGAGCAAUUGUCUCUGGUUACCAGUUCUGUAUCACCAUCGGUCUCCUGCUCGCUGCUGUCAUCGAUAAAGCGACCGAGCAUAACACUACGACGGCAUCUUACCGAAUUCCUAUGGCGAUACAGUGGCUCUGGGCAAUAAUUCUCGCUGGUGGUCUCUUCUUCCUGCCAGAGUCUCCACGCUACUACGUCAAGAACGACCAAUAUGAUCGUGCCGCCAAAGCCCUUGCAACCCUUCGUGGCCAGCCUGUAGAGUCUCAAUAUAUCAAGGAUGAGCUUGCCGAGUUAGUCGCCAACUUUCGCUACGAGAUGGAGAACAUGCAAAUCUCUUGGAUGGACUGCUUCCGUGGUGGCUGGACACCAUCCUCCAACCUCCGCCGCGUAGUUCUCGGCAUGGCUUUGCAGAUGAUGCAGCAGUGGACUGGCGUCAACUUCAUAUUCUACUAUGGUACCACAAUCUUCCAGUCCGUCGGUCUCAAGAACCCAUUCGUCAUCUCCAUGAUAACGACUGCCGUCAAUGUCGGCUCGACUCCUCUCUCUUUCUGGACUAUCGAGCGUUUCGGCCGACGUAUUCUCCUCAUCUACGGCGCCGUUGGUAUGCUUGUUUGUGAGUUCAUCAUUGCUGGUGUUGGCACUGCCCUCCCCGGAUCCAACGCUGCCGGCUAUUGUCUCAUCGUCUUCACUUGCUUCUACAUCUUCUUCUUUGCUUCGACGUGGGGCCCCGCCGCCUGGGUGGUCAUUGGAGAGAUUUUCCCUCUUCCGAUUCGUGCGAAGGGUGUUGCUCUUUCUACGGCAUCAAAUUGGUUUUGGAACUUCAUCAUUGGUUUCAUUACUCCCUAUUUGAUGGCAGAGGAUCAGGGUAACUUAAAGGCAAAGGUAUUCUUCAUUUGGGGUACUACCUGCACUGUCUGCGUCCUCUUUGCAUACUUCUUCGUUCCGGAGACCAAGGGGCUCUCCCUUGAGCAGGUCGACCGCAUGCUCGAAGAGACGACUCCACGCACUAGCUCCAAAUGGAUCCCGCAUACUACGUACUCCAACGAGCCUGCCCAAGAGGACACCGAGAUCAUGGUUGCCAAGGCAGCUGCCACAGUGGAGCAUCGUGAUGCUGUCUAAUCUCACUGGUAUUUCUCUGUGUCAUGUACCCGUCAUGGCCACGGUUUCCUUCGUCUGGGUGGUAUAGUCUUUUUUGUCCAGGUCUUUUUCUUUCAACCUUGGCCAAUUACGGUUUAUAUGUUUCUCUUUCACUCUAGGCAGUUUCAGCUCCUUUGGUAUCUGGUAUAC